AUGACGAGAGUCCUCGCUGGCCCUUACUGUACCCAGAUUUUGGGGGAUUUGGGUGCCGAGGUUAUCAAGAUCGAGCAUCCCGUUCGUGGUGACGACACUCGAGCCUGGGGUCCACCAUAUGCAAAAUACACGUCCGGAUCAAGCCAUGAUGGCCCAGGCGAGUCUGCCUAUUUCCUAGGCGUAAACCGGAAUAAGAAGUCGCUGGCGCUCUCCUUCCAGGACCCGGCUGGAGUGGACAUUCUACAUAAGCUGGCAGCUAAAUGCGACAUACUUGUGGAGAACUACAUCCCGGGGUCAUUGAAGAAGUAUGGGCUCGACUUUGAAACAAUCCAUAGGAUCAACCCGGGCUUGAUCUACGCGUCGAUCACAGGAUAUGGACAGACAGGACCUUACUCGCAGAGAGCGGGUUACGAUGUCAUGGUUGAGGCUGAAUUCGGCCUUAUGCACAUCACAGGCGCCCGCGACGGCCCACCAGUGAAGGUCGGUGUGGCCGUGACCGACCUGACAACCGGCCUGUACACGAGCAACAGUAUCAUGGCUGCCCUGUUAGCCAGAGCCAAGUCGGGCAAGGGGCAGCACCUCGAUGUGGCUUUGAGCGAUUGUCAGACUGCAACACUGGCAAAUAUCGCCAGUAGCUGCUUGAUCAGCGGCGAACGAGAUACUGGAAGAUGGGGCACAGCACACCCUUCCAUUGUACCCUACAAAGCAUUCAAGACUAAAGACGGUGAUGUCCUGUUCGGCGGAGGAAAUGACCGGCUGUUUGGCAUCCUGUGCGAUGGCCUUGGUCGGCCGGAAUGGAAAGACGAACCCAAAUACAAGAUCAACGCGCAACGUGUAGCCAAUCGAAAUGAACUCGAAGCAGAAAUUGAGAAGAUCACGACACAAAAGACCACCCAGGAGUGGCUGGAGGUGUUCGAAGGAAAGGGAAUGCCAUAUGCUGCCGUGAAUGAUGUCCAAGACACCCUCAAUCACGAGCAUACGAAGGCGAGAAACAUGGUGAUUGAAGCAGAGCACGAAACAUGCGGACCUAUCAAAUUGGUGAACACGCCGGUCAAAUAUUCCAACAGCAAGCCCGGCUUAAGAACCACACCACCAACACUCGGACAACAUACAGAUGAGGUUCUCAAGGACCACCUAGGUUUGGAUGCACCACAAAUCAAAGACUUGAGAGAUAGAGGUGUAAUUAGGUAG